UUCGAUUACUUCGUCAUGGCAACCAUACUGUUCAACUGUGUCUUCCUCGCCAUGUCGGAGACCAUUGAAGAGGCUGAGUACAUUUUCCUGGCGAUCUACACGGCGGAGAUGAUAGUGAAGUGUAUAGCGAAGGGGUUUAUUCUUAAUAAGUACACAUACCUCCGGAACCCGUGGAAUUGGUUGGACUUCGUGGUCAUCACGUCUGGGUACGCUACCAUCGGGAUGGAGGUCGGCAAUCUGGCCGGCCUUAGGACGUUUCGUGUGCUGAGAGCUUUGAAGACUGUUUCCAUAAUGCCGGGUCUGAAGACCAUCAUUAACGCACUUCUGCACUCGUUCAAACAACUGGCGGAGGUCAUGACAUUGACAAUUUUUUGUUUAAUGGUGUUUGCAUUGUUCGCGCUGCAGGUGUAUAUGGGGGAACUAAGGAAUAAGUGUGUGAAAAAUUUUGUGGGGGAACCGGGAGAGAAUUUUACGGAUGAAAUUUGGUUGCAGUGGAUUAGAGAGCCAUCUCGCUGGAUAGUGGACGAGGAGGAGGUACCGAUCAUCUGCGGUAACCUGACGGGGGCGCGGCACUGCCCGUCGGGGUACACGUGCCUGUGCGUGGGGCCAAACCCCAACCACGGGUACACGAACUUCGACAAUUUCCUAUGGUCCAUGCUCACCACAUUCCAACUCAUCACUUUGGACUACUGGGAAAAUGUAUAUAAUAUGGUGCUGUCAUCAUGCGGGCCGAUGUCAGUAUCAUUCUUCACCGUAGUGGUAUUUUUCGGCUCGUUCUACCUCAUCAAUCUAAUGCUGGCCGUCGUAGCACUCAGUUAUGAAGAGGAAUCACAAAUUACUCAAGAGGAACGAAAGAAGGAUCUCAACGAGCACCGUGAUGAUUCCACCUUCAGCUUCGAUCCCACAUCAUUAGCAGUGCGCACGUUGGCCAAAGACUCAAAGAAGCGUAUCGACGCUCGCAAGGGCCUACUUCUCGCUUCAUACUCUAGGAAGAGAACUCGAAGACGUAAACGAGGAAGAAGCGCUAUACAUCAUGCAGCUGCAGUGGCUGCAGUGGCGGAGAGGUCCAGAUCGAGGUCUCGGUCGCGGUCAGUGACGCCGAGUACGUCACCACCGUUGCCGUCCGCGCCACCGCCUCCGCCGCCGCCCCCUCACACUUUGCACCCAGACAUUGCCUUAGGUCGUGGCGCAUUAAGCGCAGCGGGCCGCCAACUGAGCGACCACAGCAAUAACCGGGAGUCGUCUUUAGACGACUCCGGCGUGGUGGACGACCACGACGACGGAGAACACACUUCCGACGACCAAGCACCACACCCGCAUCACCCGCGCCGUCUGCUGCCGCUGUUGCCACCAAACCCUCAUCUACACCCGCCGACACCGAUGCCGAUGCCGAUGCCGACACCAGUCCCGAUUUCGAUGCCAAUGCCAAUGUCGAUGCCCACUCCGAUGUCAAUGCCGAUGCCUCAAGUACAACCGUUGCAGGAGUGUCAAACACAAACAAAAAUAAGAAAAGAUAGUAAAACAGAAAAUAAACUGGAAAAGAAAUCAGAAAAGAAGAACAGUAUUCAAGAAAAGUAUCCACUAAAUCCGGACUACCUCAAUCAGAUCGUGGUGCUAGGGGCGGACUGGCCAUACAAGCGCGCGCCCGACCUCCCUCAAGCGGAGACGACGAAAAUUAAUGAGCUCAGUUUAUUGGCAGCCACGCACAAAACUCAUAUGGGCAAUUACGAGCAAAAUUGCACUUACUUCACAGAUGAGCUCAUGGAUAGAAACUGUGAAUGCUGCGUCACUUGCUGCAUAGACUACGAAGGCUGGCUCCAAUUUCAAAACUGCUUGUUUGGAAUCGUGAAAGAUCCACUUUUCGAAUUAUUUAUUACUACUUGUAUAGUUCUUAAUACACUCUUCCUUGCUCUUGAGCAUCAUGGUAUGAGUGAAAACGUUAGACAGGCCUUAGAUAUAGGAAAUAAGGUGUUCACGUCUAUAUUUACUUUAGAAUGUAUGAUGAAAGUAAUGGCGAUGAGUAAAGAUUUCUUUGCCAGUGGUUGGAAUAUUUUCGACCUGAUUAUAGUGUCGGCCAGCCUUCUAGAUCUAAUAUUUGAGCUCGUUGAUGGCCUAUCUGUUUUAAGGGGCCUUCGUUUGUUGCGAGUGUUAAAAUUAGCUCAAUCAUGGACUACAAUGAAAGUGUUGUUGAGUAUUAUAAUAUCGACAAUCGGUGCUCUCGGUAAUUUGACGUUCGUGUUAGUGAUAGUUAUAUAUAUAUUUGCUGUUAUCGGCAUGCAACUGUUCUCUAAGUCGUAUACGCCGGACAAGUUCGAACCUGACCCUGUGCCCAGGUGGAACUUCAACGACUUCUUCCACUCGUUCAUGAUGAUAUUUCGGAUACUGUGCGGUGAGUGGAUCGAACCCUUAUGGGACUGCAUGCGCGCGGAACAAGCGAGCGGUGCUGAAAGCUGUUUUUUCAUCUUUCUGCCUGCGCUGGUGAUGGGGAACUUUAUGGUGCUCAACCUCUUCCUUGCCUUGCUGCUCAAUAGCUUCAACAGCGAGGAACUUAAGAAUAAGAAAGAGGAAGUAGGAGAGGAUUCAAAAUUAGCUAAAAGUUUCGAUAGAAUACGUUCCAUAGUAAGAAAAAAGGGUUUCCUUAUAUCGAGAAGUAAAGAGACUGAAAAAAAAUCUAAGUUAGAAGAACUAGUGACUGAAUUUAUGACGCAACAGCGUGCUAUGAAAGAAAAGAAAAUAUCAAUACCGAGUGAGCAACAACGAUACUCAUCGUCGAUACAGGAAACGAUCCUAUUCCCACAUGACAAUAUUUAUAGCCAUAGUUAUCAAGAAGCUUUGAAUAGGCCAAUAUCAGUAGGUUCAGAUUUUGCUUAUCCUCAUCUUUAUCAACACGGUAACAAUUUUAACCACGGGAGUCAAGAAACUUUGAAGGACGUACGUGAUCUCGCAAAUGAACAUAAAAUAACUAGUAUUAGAGAAGAUUCUAAAGAAAAUCUCGAAAUCACGUCACCAGUAGAACAAAUCGUCGCUCAGAAACUAUUAAAUCAAAUGUCUUCAGGAUAUCAUACACAGCCAUCAGAUUCGAGGGACGAGAAUGAGCACUACGAAAUGGCCCAGUUAUCCAGUAAAACUACACCAGAGCGAAUGAGGAGACCUGUCCUGGAACUACCAAACACAAAUAUAUGUAAGGACGCUGCGAAACCCGAUGAAGAACAACUGAAACAUCCGUGGCAAACUUUAGUCUCAUAUGUAGAUGAAUUAACCGUAGGUGGGAGAAAAAACUCAAAGGGCCAAUACGUAGACGCGAUGGGAAACUUUCCGGGAUUUGGGAAACAGAAGGAGCCGAAAGUCCCCCAAGAUUGCUACCCUCGCCAAUGUUACGAUGCGUGUCCAUGUUGGGACACACUCAUCGAAACUAAGAUGGGUCAGCGCUGGAUGGUAGUCCGUACUUUCAUCCUACGUUACGUUGAUACGCCUGCCUUCGAGUGGUUUGUCCUAGUGCUUAUAUUCGCCUCCAGCAUAACCCUCUGUUUUGAAGACAUCCAUCUUGAGAAAAAUAAACCGCUAAAGAAAAUCUUGUAUUGGACUAAUCUUGGUUUCUGCAUGAUCUUCGUUAUAGAAAUGUUCCUCAAGUGGAUAGCAUUGGGAUUUUUCAGAUAUUUCACAAGCUUUUGGACUUUAUUAGACUUUACUAUAGUGUUUGUAUCAGUAUUUAGUUUAUUAAUAGAAGAGAAUGAAAAUCUUAAAGUAUUAAGAUCGCUUAGAACGCUACGUGCUUUAAGGCCAUUGAGAGCGAUAUCUCGAUGGCAAGGGAUGCGUAUAGUUGUGAAUGCUCUAAUGUACGCAAUCCCAAGUAUUUUUAAUGUAUUGUUAGUUUGUUUAGUAUUUUGGUUAAUUUUCUCCAUUAUGGGAGUGCAGUUUUUUGGUGGAAAGUUCUUCAAGUGCGUUGACGACGAGGGAGAACUAUUGCCUUUAGAGAUAGUAAACGAUAAGUGGGAAUGUUAUUAUAAUAAUUUCUCUUGGAUCAACUCAAAGAUAUCAUUCGACCACGUGGGAAUAGCUUAUUUAGCUCUAUUCCAAGUGGCAACCUUCGAGGGUUGGAUGGAAGUGAUGGCGGAUGCAGUGGACGCGAGAGGAGUUGAUCUACAGCCAGCGAGGGAGGCCAACCUAUACGCUUAUAUUUAUUUCGUUAUAUUCAUCGUGUGUGGAUCGUUCUUUACUCUGAAUCUAUUCAUAGGAGUUAUAAUCGAUAAUUUUAAUAUGCUCAAAAAAAAGUACGAAGGUGGAGUAUUAGAAAUGUUUCUCACUGAAAGCCAAAAACAUUAUUACACUGCAAUGAAAAAGUUAGGUAGAAAAAAACCACAAAAGGUGAUCAAGAGGCCUCGCAACCAAUUUCUGGCGAUGUUUUACGAUUUAUCAAACUCCCGCCGUUUCGAGAUCGCCAUCUUUGUUUUGAUAUUCUUGAACAUGCUCACUAUGGGAAUUGAGCAUUACGACCAACCUCAUUCCGUUUUCUUUAUCUUGGAAGUCAGCAACGCGUUCUUUACAACUGUUUUUGGUUUAGAGGCAAUUGUAAAAAUAAUAGGUCUUCGAUAUCAUUACUUCACCGUGCCGUGGAAUGUGUUCGAUUUCUUGCUGGUGCUGGCGUCAAUUCUCGGCAUCCUUAUGGAGGACAUCAUGAUUGACCUGCCCAUAUCGCCGACAUUGCUGCGCGUGGUCCGCGUGUUCCGUAUAGGGAGAAUUUUAAGACUGAUUAAAGCCGCUAAAGGCAUUAGGAAGCUGCUAUUCGCGCUUGUAGUAUCAUUGCCAGCCCUAUUCAACAUCGGUGCCUUGUUGGCAUUGAUAACAUUCAUAUAUGCAAUCAUCGGGAUGUCCGUGUUUGGACAUGUCAAGGAACAAGGCGCCCUCGACGACAUUGUCAACUUUCAAACAUUCGGGAGGAGUAUGCAAUUGCUUUUUCGUCUCAUGACAUCCGCCGGAUGGAAUGACGUGUUAGCAUCUCUCAUGAUACAACCCCCCGAAUGUGAACUUGGAGAUCAUGGGCACCUCAACGGCAACUGCGGCAGUCCACUCCUGGCCAUCACUUACUUCACAUCGUUCAUCAUAAUCAGCUACAUGAUUGUCAUCAACAUGUACAUAGCCAUUAUCCUUGAGAAUUUCAAUCAAGCCCACCAAGAGGAAGAAAUCGGAAUCGUUGAAGAUGAUCUUGAGAUGUUCUAUAUUAGAUGGUCCAAGUACGAUCCACAUGCAACACAAUUCAUAAGUUUUGCCCAACUAUCAGAUUUUAUAGCAUCAUUAGACCCACCUUUGGGUAUCUCGAAGCCGAAUACAGUAGCCCUUGUGAGUUUUAAUCUCCCUAUAGCCAAAGGCAAUAAAAUACACUGCUUAGAUAUUCUUCACGCGUUAGUAAAACACGUGUUAGGGCACGUGGAAGAAACGGACACAUUUAGACAGUUGCAAGAACAAAUGGAUAUUAAGUUCAAAAAACAAUUCCCAACAAGAAAGGAGUUGGAGAUAGUAUCUUCAACACGGAUAUGGAAGAGGGAAGAUAAAGCUGCCCGGAUGAUACAACGAACGUGGAGGGAUUAUGUCAAACGAAAAAAUCGCAGUCCGUCAAACGAAGAAGAAAGCACAAAAUGGUCUCCAGGAGGAGGUUGGGGCGGGCGUCUUAGCGCUUUGCUUCAUGUACGAAGAGGUUCCCAUGCCUCCAGUAGAAAGUCUUCUCGAGCUUCGGAUGCCUCUGAUUUAAGCGAGUUAGGUGGAGCAUGGCUCAACUUGCCUCUGCUUUUACUACCGGGAGCAACUCCUGGUGACCAGGUGGCGAGCGGUUCUGAAUCGGCCCCGCCCCGUAGGCGGUCAGCGUACGGUUUGCCAUUAUUCCUGCGCCAUCAAGACGCGGUCGACGAGGAUGGCGGCCCGAAACGCGCAGGUUCCCUUCGUCUGAGUUCGCGGCGGAACUCGGCGCGGAGAGCAACCGCUGCACAGUUACCGGCACUGACCAAGGCCAGGACCCCAUCCCCGCACGCGAACAGCGAGGUGAGCAUCCUUGUGACGGAGGCAUCCCCUGACGCGGCGCCGCCCCCCUCAGCGCCACCUACAGUCGUCCGGGUUCUAGUACAUCGCGAGAGUGACGAGCAGCCCAGCUGAUCUCCCGCUGAGCCCGACGAGGCUCCGCCACAGGACGAUAUAGUGUCAAAAUAAGUUCAACGUGGAACUGCUUCAACGGUGAACCUUUGAAGUAGUUUGUAAGUUCGAGAUCGGUGGUCGAGUUCGAGUUCGAUGGACGAGUUCUAGUUCGUUAGACGAGUUCGAGUUCGAUGGACGAAUUCGAGUUCGAAAACGAUAGUAGAAUUCGAACGAGUUCGAGUUCGCUGGACGAGUUCAAGUUCGAUGUUCGACAUUCGAGUUCGAACGAUUGUGUUCACGCACGCGCGCACGUGAGAUUCGAGUGAUUCAGUACACCGAACGGCCCAGUUCGUUAGUAAUUUUGUGAUUCUUAGUAUUAAGUAGCUUACCCACGUUUGCGGAUAGAGGGGACAGACGUUUUGUAAAUGGAGAUAAAUC